AUGGAAUCAAAUCGACUAAUCCCGCUCCUGAUUCUGUUCGUCGUCGUUGCCAUCCUAGCCGUCGUUGGCUUCGUGGCCUGGAACAUCAUGAUGGCCGUCACGGCACAGACGAAGAAGGAAAUGGAAAAGAAAAACGUUUCGAUGUCGCGGGAUGGGAUGACGGUUGGAGUCAGGGAACUGAAUGACGAGGAGUAUAAGGAUAUUAGUCAGGGUGUCCUGGUCAACAUCUGGAAUUACAGUUCGUUCCCCGCCUACAAGAGACGCUGGUGGAAUGGCGGCAGCGACGGCAGCAGCAGCUGA